AUGUCUCCCAGGCCAAAUCGAGAGGGCACGAGGCUGUUCAGACAUUGCGUCGAGCUGUUCAAGUGCACGAUGAAGGCUGUAAUCCAUGACACCUUGAAUUUCAACGAAUCCCUUGCAGACGGUCAAGUGCUAGUCUCCAAUGGAGAAAGCUACACUCUUGGUUUCUUCAGCCCUGGGAAUUCAAGCAAUCGAUACCUUGGAAUUUGGUACACCAAAGUUUCGGUACAAACCGUGGUUUGGGUCGCGAACAGAGACAACCCGAUCAACGAUGCUUCCGGAUCGCUCUUGAUCGAUACUCGAGGGGCCGUGGUUCUGCAACGGGCAAGGAGGAACUCUACUCCUCUGUGGUCUACGAAUGUCUCUGCCGAAGGGAAUUUUACGGCUAAGCUAUUGGAUGAAGGUAAUUUUAUCCUGGUUCGACCGGAUGGGAAGACGGUUAUAUGGCAGAGCUUUGAUCACCUAACGGACACCAUCUUCCCGAACAUGAAGUUCGGGUUGGACCGCAGAACGGGACUGAACAGAUCGAUUCGGUCGUGGAAGUCGCCCGACGAUCCUGCCAUGGGAGAUUGGUCCUACUACUUGGACCCGACCGGGGUGCCUCAGAUGAUCCUGCAAAACGGUCGGACCAAACGGGUGAGGUUCGGACCAUGGAACGGCAUCCGCUGGAAUGGGGUUCACGAGACAUCCACUACUUUCAAGUUCAACACAAUUGUUGUAGACGUGGAUAGCGAGACGACGGUGGUUUGGAAGAUCCAAAACCCGGCAGUCAUAUCGAGGAUGUACGUGGACUCGUCGGGGUUCACGAAACUCGCCACGUGGCAAGAUCAGGAUCGUCGGUGGAUCGAUUUCGGGUCCGCUCCAAAGGACCCGUGUGAUUACUAUGGACGAUGUGGGCCGAACGGGAACUGUGACCCUUUCAAUGCAGGGGAGCUGGAGUGCAGGUGCCUCCCCGGGUUCCAACCGAAGGAACCGGACAGCUGGUACGUAAGGGAUGGUUCGGGUGGGUGCGUCAGGAAACGGUCAGGAAAUUCGACUUGUGGUAAUGGCGAAGGAUUCAUGACGUUGAAAAAUGCUAAAAUUCCUGAUACAUCGUUUGGGCGAUUGAACGAUGGUGUGGAUUUGGAUAUGUGUGAACGGGAAUGCUUGAUGAACUGUUCUUGUAUGGCUUACGCGAGUUCUAAUUUGACGAGUGGACUCGGGUGCGUUACAUUCUACGGGGAUUUGAUGGAUACCAGAGUGUUUGCUGAUGGUGGUCAGGACUUGUACGUGCGAGUGGAUGCAAUCGAGUUGGCUGAAUACAUGAGAAGGUCGAAAGGGCAUAAAAGAAAGAAGCUGUUAGUGAUAGUUUUGACCACCACCAUUGGUGCGGCCAUUGUUUUGGUGAUUUCACUUGCGUACUGUCGGCUGAGAAGGAAGACAAAAGGAAAAGCAACAGAACAAUUUUCUUUAGCCAACAAGCUUGGACAAGGCGGCUUUGGGUCUGUGUACAAGGGUUUGCUAUCCGAUGGGCGAGAAGUAGCUGUGAAAAGAUUGUCACGAACUUCGAGGCAAGGAGUCCACGAGUUCAAGAAUGAAGUGAGACUAGUGUCCAAACUUCAGCACAAGAAUCUUGCAAGGCUUCUUGGUUGUUGCAUUCAUGGAGAGGAGAAGAUGUUGGUCUAUGAGUACUUGCCAAACAAAAGUUUAGACUUCUUCAUUUUUGAUAAAACAAAAGGCUUGUUAUUGGAUUGGAAGAAGCGGUUUGAUAUCAUUAUCGGAAUUGCUAGGGGUUUGAUGUACCUACACCAAGAUUCCAGGUUGAAGAUUAUCCACAGAGAUCUAAAGCCUAGCAAUAUUCUACUUGAUGCCGCAAUGAACCCCAAAAUUUCGGACUUUGGGAUGGCUAGGUUGUUUGGAGAAGAUCAAACAGAAGCCAAUACCAUUAGAGUUGUUGGAACAUAUGGAUACAUGUCGCCAGAAUACGCGAUGAAAGGUCUAUAUUCAGCGAAAUCAGAUGUCUUCAGCUUUGGUAUAUUAAUGCUUGAGAUUGUUAGUGGCAUGAGAAGCAACCACUCUUACCAAGAAAGUAAAUCAUUCAGCUUGAUUGAUCAUAUUAUGGACCUCAUCAUCAUUUUGCUUCUUCAACUGACAAUCUCCCUUCAACUCUGCUCAUCAUCUAAAGACGCCAUAAGCUUCAACGAAUCUCUUGCAGAUGGUCAGGUACUAAUCUCGAAUGGAGAGAGGUACACCCUCGGCUUCUUCAGCCCCGGGAGUUCAAGCAAUCGCUACCUCGGAAUUUGGUACACCAAGGUCUCGGUUCAAACCGUGGUUUGGGUCGCCAACAGAGACGAUCCGAUCAACGAUACUUCCGGAUCGCUCCUGCUCGACCCUCGAGGCGAUAUCGUUCUGCGACGACGGGGACGAUCGCAUUCCGCUCGUGUAUGGUCUGCUAACGUCACCGCCGGCGAGAAUUCGGCUGCCAAGCUCCUAGACGAUGGCAAUUUCGUCCUGAUCUGUUCGGAUGGUAACAAGACGGUUGCAACCGGACCGAAUCAUCUCUCGAUUCGGUCCUGGAAGUCCUCCGACGAUCCUGCGUCGGGGGACUGGUCUUUCGACUGGGACCCGAACGGGGUGCCUCAGAUGAUGCUGCACAACGACCGCCGGAUCAAACGAUGGCGGUACGUACCGCGGAACAGGGACACAAUCCGCGACGCGAUCAUCACCUCCAACUUCUACUCCACCUACUUGAGCAACAACAAUCACUCUGUUUUCACUUGGGGGAUUUUGAAUCCGGCCAUGGUGUCGAGGAUGUCCGUGGAUUCAUCAGGACAUUUGUACCUUGGCAAGUGGCAAGAUCAGGACAAUCGGUGGAUUGAGUUCAAUUCCGCCCCGAAGGAACCGUGCGACUACUACGGGCGUUGCGGACCGAACGGGAACUGUGACCCUUACACCGAGCCGGUGUUGUUGUGCCUCUGCCUCCCCGGGUUCGAACCCCGGUUUCGUGACCAGUGGUUCACGAAAGACGGGUCGGGAGGGUGCGUCAGGUCGCGAAACGCGACCUGCACGAGCGGCGAAGGGUUCGUGAAGCUAGAGAAUGUGAAGAUUCCCGACACGGGGGCAGGGCGGUUGAAUGUCGGUAUGGAUCUGAAGGCGUGCGCGCAGGAGUGUCUGGGUAACUGUUCCUGCACGGCUUACACGAGUUCUAAUUUGACCAGUGGGUCGCCUGGGUGCGUGACGAUGUAUGGAGAUUUGAUGGAUACGAGAGUGCUCAAUGACGGUGGGCAGGACUUGUACGUACGAGUGGACGCAAUCGAGUUAGCUGAAUAUAUGAGAAGGACGAAAGGACACAAGGGGAAGAAGGAAGUGUUCGUGAUUGUUGUGAUGUCUUUGGGCGCGGCCAUCAUUGCGGGGAUUUCCAUUGCUUAUUGCGUGCUAAACUCCAAAAGAAAAGGAACCAAAGGAGUCACCAAUCAUAUUAGCCUGGGAAUAAAGUAUGACGUUCAAAAGGAAAACGAUCUCGACGAAGAGAGCGAUUCCUUUGUACCAGUUUUUGAUGUAAAUGACAUAUUUGUCGCCACAAAUAAUUUUUCUUUGGACAACAAGCUUGGACAAGGUGGUUUCGGCUCUGUUUACAAGGGUUUGCUACCCAAUGGGCAAGAAGUUGCUGUGAAAAGAUUGUCUCAAACUUCAAGGCAAGGAAUCCAGGAAUUCAAGAAUGAAGUUAGGCUAGUUUCUAAACUCCAGCACAAAAAUCUUGCAAGCGGAUACAUGUCACCAGAAUACGCAAUGAGAGGUCUAUACUCCAUGAAAUCUGAUGUCUUCAGUUUUGGAGUACUAACACUUGAGAUUGUCAGUGGUGUGGGAUCUGUGGAGGGCAGGGCGAGCAAUGGAUAUUGUGGAUUCAUCCAUAGUCCAAGGAUCAUAUUCUACCGAUCAAGUGAUGAGACGCAGAGGAAGAAGAAGGACAACAACAACAAGCCGCUGCCGCUGCCGCCGUCUACCCUCAGUUUCCUCUCACCGGCAGCGACGACGGUGGUAAUCCCGGCGACGACUAUCAACAUGUUAUACGAAGUGGGCCUGGGCUCCGGUGGGCCCGUAACCAUGAUCUACGGCUGGUGGGCGGUGUUUGCUAGCUCUCCUUUGUGGAAACCAAGAGGAGCACGUUCACACUCUUCAACAGCUCCCUCCUCCUCCUCCUCCAAACAAGCAAACAUGGUCUCCGCCGGAGCCGACACCUCGCUUUUGCCAUUUCACAACGACCCUGCAGCUGCAAAUGGCGUCGGCGACGGUGAAUUUCAAGAUUCCGGCACCGCCCGUCUCAGGCAGCUCGGCUACAAACAAGAGCUCAAGCGGGACCUCUCGAUGUUCUCUAAUUUCGCCUUCUCCUUCUCGAUCAUCUCGGUGCUCACCGGAGUAACCACUCUUUACAACACUGGGUUGACCUUCGGAGGGCCGGUCUCGUUGUUAUAUGGCUGGUUGAUAGCCGGUUUGUUCACCAUGUUUGUCGGGUCUGCAAUGGGCGAAAUUUGCUCUGCCUACCCGACUUCCGGUGGUCUCUACUACUGGAGCGCGAAGCUUGCCGGGCCUUCUUGGGCGCCUUUUGCCUCCUGGAUCACUGGCUGGUUCAACAUUGUUGGCCAGUGGGCUGUAACGACGAGCGUGGACUUUUCCCUUGCACAAAUGAUUCAGGUGAUCAUUCUGCUGAGCACAGGUGGUCAAAAUGGUGGUGGAUAUCAAGCAUCCAAGUAUGUAGUCAUUGCAUUGCAUGGUGGCAUCCUGUUCCUCCAUGCUGUCAUAAACAGUCUACCGAUUUCCAUGCUGUCCUUCUUCGGCCAGCUGGCUGCUAUUUGGAACCUUCUCGGUGUUGUACUUCUGACGAUACUCAUCCCAACUGUUGCAACUGAAAGAGCGAGUGCUAAGUUUGUAUUCACCCACUUCAAUACUGAUAACGGGGAUGGAAUCAACAACAAGCUUUACAUCUUUGUUCUGGGGCUUCUGAUGAGCCAGUACACCCUUACAGGAUAUGAUGCGUCUGCUCACAUGACAGAGGAAACGAAGAAUGCUGACAAGAAUGGUCCAAAGGGAAUAAUAAGUUCCAUAGGGAUAUCAGUCAUAUUUGGAUGGUUGUACAUACUUGGAAUCACAUUUGCUGUCACCGAUAUCCCUUCUCUUCUGAGUGAAAACAACGAUGCUGGUGGCUAUGCUAUUGCCGAAAUAUUCUACCAAGCUUUCAGAAGAAGAUAUGGAAGUGGAGUUGGGGGAAUCAUAUGCUUAGGGGUUGUUGCAGUUGCCAUCUUCUUCUGUGGUAUGAGUUCCGUAACUAGCAACUCUAGGAUGGUUUAUGCAUUCUCUAGAGAUGGAGCCAUGCCAUUCUCUCCGCUCUGGCACAAAGUCAACAAUCAAGAAGUUCCCAUCAAUGCCGUUUGGUUAUCUGUCGUCAUAUCCUUCUGCAUGGCAUUAACGUAUCUCGGAAGCGAAGUGGCAUUUCAAGCAAUGGUGUCUAUAGCAACCAUCGGGCUCUACAUUGCAUACGCCUUGCCAAUCUUCUUCAGGGUGACAUUGGCUCGCAAGAGGUUUGUUCGGGGCCCAUUCCACUUGGGACGGUAUGGCCUCGUUGUUGGUUGGAUCGCUGUGAUCUGGGUCGUGACUAUCUCGGUUCUGUUCUCUUUGCCGGUAGCCUACCCGAUCACCAUCGAGACACUCAACUACACACCAGUAGCGGUGGGGGGAUUGUUUCUGCUGGUUGUUAGUGGAUGGGUUUUCAGUGCCAGGAAGUGGUUUAGAGGUCCUGUGACCAAUCUUGUAAUCUCUCUUCAUCUCUGUUCUUCUUCAUCCACAGACACCUUAAACCUCAACGAAUCUCUUGCAGAUGGUCAAGUGCUAGUCUCCAGUGGAGAAAGCUACACUCUUGGUUUCUUCAGCCCUGGGAAUUCAAGCAAUCGGUACCUUGGAAUUUGGUACACCAAAGUUUCGGUUCAGACCGUUGUUUGGGUUGCCAACCGAGACGACCCGAUCAACGAUACUUCCGGGUUGCUCUCCUUUGACGGUCGAGGCGAUGUCGUUUUGCAACGUGGGAGCAGGAAUCAAUCUGCUCCUCUAUGGUCCACAGAAGUCUCUGCAGGAGGAAUCUCGACAACUGCUAGGCUACUCGACGAAGGAAAUUUCGUCCUGCUUCAUUCCGACGGUAAGACGAUUCUAUGGCAGAGCUUUGAUCAUCUAACCGACUCGAUCUUCCCGAACAUGAAGUUCGGGUUAGACCUUACGACAGGACUGAACCGGUCGGUCCAGUCCUGGAAGUCCGCCGACGAUCCUGGAACAGGGGAGUGGUCCUACGACGUCGUCCUGGCCGGGCUGCCUCAGCUGAUCCUGCACAACGGUCGGACCAUAAGACGUCGAAUCGGACCGUGGAACGGCAUCCAGUGGAACGGGGUCCCACACAUGUUCAUCAUUGCUAACUACAACACCAGUGUGGUCAGUAGCAACAGUGAGACGACUUUCUCUUACGGGAUCCGGAGCCCCGGGGACAUAUCGAGGAUGUACCUGGACCCGUCGGGAUUCGUGAAGAUCACCACGUGGAACAAUCGGACCGGUCGGUGGGUCGAGCUGGGGAGUUCCCCGACCGAACCGUGUGACUACUACGGACGUUGCGGGCCGAAUGGGAACUGUGACCCUUACAGUAGUUCAGCUGGGGACCAAGAGUGCAUCUGCCUUCCAGGGUUCGAGCCGAGGAACCCGGACGAUUGGUUUUUCAGGGAUGGCUCUGGAGGGUGUGUCAGGAAGCGACGGUCAGGAGAAAAUUCGACGUGUGGGGAUGGUGAUGGUUUUGUGAAACUGGGGAGUGUUAAGAUUCCAGAUACGUCGACAGCGCGACUGAAUGCCGACAUGGACCUGACAGUGUGCGCACGAGAGUGUUUGAUGAACUGUUCUUGUACGGCUUAUGCGAGUUCGAAUUUGUCUAGUGGAAUUGGGUGCGUGACGAUGUAUGGGAAUCUGAUGGAUACUCGAGUGUUUAUCAAUGGCGGGCAGGACUUGUACGUUCGAGUGGAUGCAGUCGAGUUAGCUGAAUACACGAAGAGGUCGACAGGAGACGCGAGGAAGAAGAAGCUAUUAGCAAUUGUUUUGAGCUCUGUAGGUGGAGGCAUCGUUUUGGCGAUUUCCAUUCUGUAUUGCCUGCUAAAGAGGAAAAGAAAUGGUGGAGGGAUACACAAUACUAGCCCUGCAGGGGAGUAUGAAGAUGAAGAAUCUCCUAUACCAAUUUUCGAUGUGAAUGAGAUAUUUUCUGCAACUGGAAAUUUCUCUUUGGCCAACAAACUUGGUCAAGGCGGAUUCGGCUCUGUUUAUAAGGGUUUGUUAUCGGAUGGACAAGAAAUCGCUAUUAAAAGAUUGUCCCAAACCUCGAAACAAGGGAUUCAGGAAUUCAAGAAUGAAGUACGGCUGGUGUCCGAGCUCCGACACAAGAAUCUGGCAAGGCUAUUUGGUUGUUGCAUCCAUGGAGAUGAGAAGAUGCUGAUCUACGAGUACUUGCCAAACAGAAGCCUCGAUUUCUUCAUCUUUGACAAAACAAAGAGCUUGAUGUUGGACUGGAAGAAACGAUUUGAUAUCAUUAUUGGAAUUGCUCGUGGCAUACUGUAUUUACACCAAGAUUCAACGUUGAAGAUAAUUCACAGGGAUCUAAAACCUAGCAAUGUUCUACUGGAUGCUGCAUUGAACCCUAAAAUUUCAGAUUUUGGGAUGGCCAGGUUAUUCGAAGAGGACCAAAUGGAGGCCAACACAAACAGAGUCGUCGGAACCUAUGGAUACAUGUCGCCUGAGUAUGCAAUGGAAGGUCUAUACUCGACAAAAUCUGAUGUUUUUAGCUUUGGAGUUUUGACACUUGAGAUAGUGAGUAGCAGGAGGAGCAACAAUUUUUGCCAAGAAAGUCCAUCAGUAAGCUUGGUUGGUCAUGGUGGUUGCAUUGCCCAACAUAAAGACGACAUCUGA